CCAAUAGGUGCAUCAAACGCGACGAAAGUUAGUUCGGGCCGUAAAGACGAUGCAUUUGUAGAAAUUGUAAAAGAAACUUUGCAUGAAACGCAUUUUGCCAAUUCAUUUAUGACCAUUGCGCAGGGAGCGCAUAAAUAAAUGUAGCUAGUUUUGUGCAAAUAAUCGUGAUCGUCCAGGUGCGUCGUUUGUGAUAUCGCGCGCGCGCUGCGCUUCCUCUCUGUCCUGUUCGCAUACCACCGACGGGCUGUCAAUCGGUGAAACGGUACUAUAGUGCAUUUUGUUCUUUUCCUUCCGCUCGAUGUGGGCUUUGUAAAUGAAAAUGUUUCCCGUGACGCUCAUAUCGCGUCUGAAGUCGAUCCUGUCGGGCGACGGAAACGGAGUAGGCCUCGAAAGCAACGACCCACCGGCAGAAGAGAUCCGCAACCGCAAUAGCAAAGCGCCACCACUAAAUUCCGUGGCAGGUAGCAUACAACAACUACAGAAUGGUUCACACGGGGGAAUAUCCAGAUCGUUGGCAGGCGCACGUCGGCUGAGUGAAAUUACCGACAUGCCACGGGUAAAUCACGUUUACGGAUCAUACAAUGUUCCUGCGCUCGUUUCGAUGCAUCGUUCGCUGGCAGCUGACAGUCGUAACAGUGAUACUAGCAGCCGUUUCGAGACGGUAGCCUCACGACCGCUGGCACGACGAAGUGGGCAAGCUCCACCGCGGCUCAUCCCAAUAAAGCACGCCAUGUCACGACCGUCGAUUGGUCAACGUGCAGGGCCAAAACCAUCCACUGGCGGUUUGUUUAGCCAAAACGAGUCACCCCCUAGGGCGGACGCGAGUUCCGGUAAUGUUUCGUUCCUUACGAACGACUUCCGUAACUUGCUGCGUACCAAAUGCAGCAGCGGGUUGGCGAGUGGGUCCGAGCAAACAUCCGCACUGGAUCGCGAACUAAACGCAACUCGAGAGGCGAGAAAGAAGUAUGAAUCGUUGAUGCAAAAGUUUAUUCCGAUCAUGAACGAACCACCGGAACGGGGCGGUGCGUAUGAUCGAUUCACAAGGAAACCCGUCAAUGGGGACAUUUCGCGACCGACGGCGCAAAAGCCGUCAUCGGCCGAAACACUCGACCUGACCGACGAUGCCGAUAGUGAGGCCGGUAGCGAUGAUUGUGUGGAGGUAGUGUCUGAGAGCAAAGGUGACCGCCUGUUUCUGCCGCUCGAUUCGGUGCUAAUGUUGGCGCAGGAACAGGAGUACGAAAUGAAGCAAUCGAUGGCAUCGAACCUACCGGAACCGGUCAACUCGGUAAAGGCGCGGUUCGAAACGAAACAGUUCUACCGGGACGAUAUCAUACAGGAUGUGCAGCAGCGCUACGGUACGCUGUUCAGCCAGCGCAAAUCACUGAUCGAGCAGGAGAAGGAUCGUCUCGGCAGUCUGCGUAAGACGACGACCGUGCAGGAGAACGAGGCGCGCAACAAGAUGCUCAACUAUGUGUGCUCCUUCUACAAGUUCGAUGUGCUGAACGAGACGGAGGCGAAGGAAUCGACGCCCGAGCCGGAAGAAGUGCCGUUGCCCGAGCUGACGAAGGACCAGAUCGAUCAAAUGCAUCGGAAGCUGCGCACCGGCAAUCAGGUGGUGAUGACAAAGUUUAACCUCCAGAUCACCGGUAACGAUCUCGUGACGCUGCAAGAUUUAAACUGGCUGAACGAUGCAGUUAUAAACUUCUACAUGGAGCUGCUCCGGGAACGCAGUGAGCUAAAGCGUGAUCAGGGCCUGCCGAAGGUGUACACGAUGAAUACGUUCUUUUUGCCGCAGCUGCUAAAGAUUGGCUACUCCGGUGUGCGUCGCUGGACGCGUAAGGUGGACCUGCUGGCGCACGAUAUAAUCGUGGUGCCGGUGCACGUCGGCGGCAUCCACUGGUGCAUGUCGACGAUCGAUCUGCGGCGUAAAACCAUACACUAUUACGAUUCGAUGGGUUCACCGAACAAUGCCGUGCUGAACGCGCUCGAGCAGUAUCUGUGCGAGGAGUCGAUGGACAAGCGGAAGACACCGUUCGACAAGAGCGGCCUGACCAAGCAGAACAUGCGCGACUGUCCGCGCCAGAAGAAUGGUAGCGAUUGUGGUGUAUUUAGCUGUAUGUUUGCCGAAUUCUUAACGCGCGAUCAUGCGAUUACGUUCGAUCAGUCCAACAUGCCGUAUUUCCGGAAGAAGAUGACGGUGGAAGUAAUGCUUGGCAAGCUGCUCACGUAAUGCGCCUGCUGUGAGAGGGUGUAAAAACCGUAUGCUAACAUUGAAUAAACACAACAGCCACCUAGAGUGAACGCUUUUCGACAUGUAACCAAAUGUCCCCCCAAAUUUGUGCUCUCACAAAAACGAUAUCUCGCUCUACGUACUACCCCGUUACUCAUCUACUUCUUUACUGGCUGGACAAAAUAUUUAUUCUUCAGUUUGUUGCACCGGCACACG